AUGACCAAUCUUGAACAUGUCUGCCUCAUCGGCGCCGGCGGCGUGGGAACCAUAGCGGCAUACGUCCUGGAAAACUCGCGGCGCGCCCGAGUCACGGCUGUCUUGCGCUCCAACUAUGACCUUGUCAGGGAUCAAGGAUUCGAUAUCGACUCGGUCGACCAUGGCAAGGUUCGAGGCUGGAAGCCGCACAAUGUCGGUAUUCCUUUCCGAGAACCUGGAACUGACCUCGCCUCUCAUCGAAAAGUCAUUCCAUCCAUAUCCUCCGCCGCCACGACUGCCCUGCAGGGGCAAGGCUAUGACUUCAUCGUCAUCACGACCAAGGCGCUCCCGGACCUCAUCGCCUCGCUGAUCCCGGACCUGAAACCGCUCGUAACUCCGGGCAAGACCGGCCUCGUCCUGAUUCAGAACGGCCUGGACAUCGAAUCGCCCCUGGCCGCCGCGUUCCCCGACACCCCGAUCCUGUCGGGCGUCAGCAUGAUCGGGUCGCGCCUCACUUCGCCGUGCACCGUCUUCCAUGAAGACCCGGACCUGCUGAAACUGGGCCCAUACUUCCAUCACGUCAAGGAAGACAACGACGCCGCGGUCAACGGCAAUGACCCCAACAUCAGCCACCCCCCGCUAUUGCCCCGUCAAACCCAACUCGACGCCGCCCGCCGCUUUGUCGACCUGUACAACGCCGGCCUGGCCGCCGCCCACCUCAAAACCGGCGCCGAAUGCUUCUUGGUCGACGACGUUGUCGCCGCCCGCUGGCGCAAGCUGCUAUGGAAUGCCUCCUUCAACACCCUCUGCACGCUGCUCCGCAUCUCAGUCGGCGAGCUGCUGUCCAGUCCGGGCCGCACCACGCUGCUGGAGCCCGCCAUGCGCGAGAUCGCCGCCAUCGCCACGGCCGCCGGCUUCCGAGACACGGUGCCCGAGCACGUCGUGCAGUCCACGCUCCAAGACACGUCUCCCACCAGCCCCUUCCGCCCGAGCAUCACCGAGUACCCACCCCCGUCUUGGGUCAAGUUUACGAGCUAUUGA